UCAGAGUCACCGAGAAGGUUUUAAUAACUACUAUCCUCUCAACAAGUCAAAGACUUUGAUUAUUGUUAUUUUUAAUGAAAACACUGAUGUUUUUUAAAGCUCCCAGAUGAUCUAACAUGUUAGCCAGGGUUGGGGACGGCCAGGUCACACUCUAACGGUACACAUUUCACUCUAUUGAAGCAGUCAUCACAGACCCAACACAUUUCCCGAUGGAAGUACCCCCAGACCAGUGGAAAAUGCACCUCUGUUGGAGGCGGGGUGGAAUUCCAUUAAAAACUAGAAAGCGUUUAACUUAAAAGUUAGGUCUUCUUAAUGUAAAUGUUUUGUUUGUAUAAAUUCCCUUAUUUUAGCGUUGUCAGGUUUUUCUAACAGUAGCUGAAUGGGAAGAGAAAACAGAAACAAUCUUAGGUGCAAGAUGGUAAUCUGGCUACACUUUUGUGACUACGUAGAAAGUCCUGGAAACUGUGCUCCUGUAGCUGGCACUGUAGAUACAGGAACAACAUGUGAAAAAGUUUGGUUCUGAUAUAAAAAUGCAUCAUCAUCUUCACGGAUACCAUUCUCAACAGUUCUAGAACUGAAUGGAAAGAAUCAUAAAGAGACUGAGACUGACCAAUUCUGUAACGCGUUUGCCCUGAAUUCCUAAGUCCCCCCUCGAAGUUGUACUCAUGGGAAACAUAACCAAGAGAGGCAGCAGGGGGCUGGUGGCUGACGGGGCCCAGGCCCCGGAAGAGGGCGCGGUGGUGUCAUUCCACACCGGGCUCUACGAGGCCAUCCUGAGGGAGGGCAGCACCGCACUCCGGGCUCUGCUUAGAACGCCUGUCAACCAGCCCACGGCCGUUCUGGCCAACUCCACCAGCUACAGAUCACUGCUGAGCCAGCAGACGCAGUCCAUCAUCCCCAUCCUGGCUGCGGAAUACCGCAAGGCACAGAGUUUGCUUUGUUUGUUAGAACAUGAAGCAGACCCAGAAGUAAGAGACACAAGAGGCCUCACCACACGCCACCUGAUGCUUCUGCACUGGCCCAUCACCUCUGCCACGUGGACGAAGCCGGGGAACAGAAUCCAAAGGAUCCUGACAGACAUCCAGAACAACACCGUCCUGUGUCUCCGCAUUUUGUGCGAACACGGGGCCCAGGUGAAUGCGCGAGCGGACAGCAGCAACGGGCACUCCCAGCUCCACCUGGCCAUCACGUACGGAACCUACCCAGUUCUCUCCAUCCUGGCCCACAACGGUGCCCAGGUCAACGCCAUAAACGAGUCCAGCAUGACACCCCUGCACAUGGCUGCAGAUAUACUGAAUAAGGAGGUGAUAGAAACGCUCACUGCCCACGGGGCAAACGUCAACUGCGCCGUCUCCUCCACAGGCAACAUGGCCCUGAAGCUGGCGGUGUGCACCGCGUCAAGCAAGGCCGGCCGGCUGCUGGCCGCGGGCCUGAGCUGCAUCCGCCUGCUGCUCGUUCACAGAGCCCAGGUGAAUACGCAGGACCGUGAAGGUCAAGCCACGAGCCACGAGGUGUUUUGGAGGCAGAGAGGCAAUAAUCUCUUGCUCGAAUUUGAAGCCAAUGUUAACAUAUUAACAAGAAAUGGGGAAUCUCUGAUAUAUAUGUACCUUCAGAGUGGUUCCAAUAUAAGAGACACAGCACUUCUCACCAGGCUGCUUUACCACUCUUAUCCUUUGAGACUGACCAAUGACCAAGGAAUUCUACCUGCAGGAAUCAUGCUCCCAGAAUUCCACCUCCUAAGGGAAACCCUAAUAAAGUUAUCUCAAAAACCCUUAUCCCUAGAGGACAACUGUAAAAGAAAUGUCAGAAAUAUUUGUGGGGAGAAACAAAAACAGCACUUGAAGCGACUUCUCCCAGGGAAGAUCUGGAAUUCUGUAUCUGGUUAUUAUGGUUUAGCUCACCUCCUGAAAUAAGAUCUCAAAGUUGCACAGAGCCACAGAACUUCAGUAACUCACAUCGCAUUUUCUGGCUAGACGUGAACCCAGAAAAUACUUAACCCAUCACCUUAUACAUCCCAAAUGCACAAA